AUUUUCUACAAUUUUCUUCGUAUGAUUUGGUUGGGAUAUGCAAAUAACUUAAAUGACGAAUAUCUAAUCCAACGGUAUUGAAAAGGUAAAAAUCGAUUCGUUCAAUUUAUUCUCACGGGGCGGCCUCUAUCUCUCUCUUUAACGACAAUGGUCUCUACCAAAAGGACCAAUGCACUUUGGUUAUUACAAUAUUAAAAGCGAAACAAGCGAACUGUGUAAUUAUUAAUUCAAACUACGACUUUGCGAACCGACUGAUGACGGAACGUGGUUUACCGUCCCAAAUAUGUACAUUAUAAAAUGAUUUGUGGAAUUCUUGUUUUCUUUCUCAUUCCAACUGGUGUCUGUAUUGAGGAAUUCGGUAUAGGUGUAUUCUUCGAUCUGUCGGUGUGGUCGACUGAUGAACUGCCUUCCGCCAAGGUGUUCAGCAUUGGAAGCACCGCCACUCUUAUUCCUUAUGAACAUUAUUUUGACGGAAAUGAAGUGUUUAAUAUCACCCAAGCAGUAUGUGACAUGGCGGAAAAAGAAAUAGUAGGAAUGGUCACCUUUACUACUUGUAAGAAGGCUGCUGUUACCGCCCAUCAAGCAAAUUUGCUGGACUUACCUCAUGUCCUUGUCGCCAGAGAUAAUGAACAUUGUGAUUUCCCGCCAUUCAUCUCAUCGCAUCAAACGUUAAUGGUUUACCCAGAUUGCCGUCUGCUGAUCAAAGCCUUCGUGUCUAUUACAUUACAAAAGGCCUGGAGAUCUGUUAGCGUCAUAUAUGAUGAAACUUACGGUGAAUCGUGCAUUAAUUACUUGGUAGGCCAAUUAAGUGCAUUGUCUAUUUCAUCAAACAUAAUCAAGAUGUCAGAAACCAAUGAUGCCGACACUUUCUUGGCUUUACUAAUCAGAGCAAAUGAUACAAAACUCUUUACCAUGCUGAAUGGCAACAGAACCGAAGACUUACUUCAUCAGGCAUCUUCGGUUGAUAUGUUCAGCAGGGAAUAUUAUUGGAUAAUACAUUAUGAUUCCAAAUUCCUCAUGAGUAGCCAUUUGCUAACUGCAAUGGAAGGUGGAAAUGUUCUCACUGCUUCCUUUGACAAAAGACUUCCUGAUGCUAUCUUAAGCGAUAUUAUAUCAGCCUAUGGGUAUGGUUUGGAGUAUAUGUUGAAUCACAACACGACAUUUUCCAUUGGGAAAUACGACUGUGAUGACAAAAAGCCCACGGUCGGGGAACCGGGACUUCUUCAGAUCAUAACACGGAAUUCUAUGCAAGAAAAUUUAGAAAAUAUAAAAUGGUCCAAUGACGGUGUACUGGAUGCCACAGUACAAAUUUCCAGCACUCAAGCCGGAAGAAACGGUACUUUAGCAGAAGUAGCAACCUACAACUACGCAGACGGAUUCCGAGUGAAGGAUGGCAGAUUGUAUCAGAACUUGUUUAAGGAUUUCGCCAACAGAACACUUAAAGUUGUCUCUUGGACUAGCACGCCCUUUACAAUGAGGAAACAAUCAACAAAUGGUCAAGUACAAUACCAUGGGUUCUGUUAUGAUAUCCUCGAAGAAUUCGCCAAGGUUUUCAACUUUAGAUAUGUGAUGCUAGAUUCAGUAGAUGGAACUUAUGGAGGGCCAACUAAUGACGGAAAAAAUGGAACUGGGAUGGUUGGGAUGGUGAUGAGAGGGGAAGCGGACAUUGGCGUCGGGCCCUUCACCGUUACCGCUGCCAGAGAGACAGUGGUGGACUUUCUGACUCCGUUUCAAGAAGAGGGCGUGGGGAUUAUAAUGAAGACAAAGGACCAAAAGAACGAUCGGAUGUUCCGGAUGUUCCUGCCUUUCCAAUCCACUUCCUGGAUCGCUACUGGCGUCUCCAUCGUGAUAACCGGAAUAAUUUUGUUCGUCAUCUCACGAUGUAGUCCCUACACCAAUGACGCGGAUAAGCCUAUCUACAAAAAUUUCUGGCUUGCAUUUGGUGCUUUUUUCGGGCAACUUGGAGGAGAUUCCACACAUACAUCGGCAUCGGGGCGAAUUAUACUGGGAAUAUGGUGGAUGUGCACAAUACUUAUUCUAGAAUUAUACACUGCAAACCUAGCAGCUUAUUUGACAAUUCCGCCUGCCAAAUCACCUAUCAAAAAUCUAGAGCAGUUAGCAGCAUCGUCCGAUUACAAACCAUUAGUCAAAACUGGAUCUAAUCUCGAUUUUCUUUUCAGGAGGGCAAAAGGUGGGCUAUACAAACAAAUUCAAGAGAAAAUGGAUCAGAUGCCUGUGAUUACAACUACAGAGGCCGGGUAUGAAUUGGUGGGGACUGGAAAAUAUGCCUACAUGACGGAUGUAUCACAACUAACUUAUAAAGUAUUAAAAGGCUGUCAUGAUUUACUGGUAGCCGAGGAGACAUUUAAUAAGGCAGGCCUAUCAUUUAUUGUCAGGACAAAUGCUGAAUUCAAAACUGCAUUCAAUUUACAUAUGAUAAGAAUGAUAGAAGCUGGAUUGAUCGCCAAAUUUCACUCAAAAUGGUGGCCUAGAGUUAGCGAGUGUAGCCAGGAUUCCUCCAAGUCGGCCACAGCGCUACAGAUCGACAGCAUGGCGGGAAUAUUCAUUGUAUAUGCCGCAUUUUCUGGACUUGCACUGAUAUUUUUUGUCUCGGAAAUGGAAGGGAAAACAGAAGAGAUGAUUUGCAACAUCGCUGCAUUUGUUCAGUUCGUAUCAGUGACAUCAGCUUUGUCAUAUCCAUUCCAUUUUGAUAUUCUUGCGAAUCCGGACGAUGCAGAUCACAUUAGGAAUAUAACCCAAGACUUCCUUAAUACGGAUCGACUUGACGCCUUGGCAGCAAUGAAUAUCAGCCCUGUUACUUUUGCAGUUCAUACAGAUAAUAAGACCCCUGGAAUAGACAGUUUAACGGUGAAAAAUAGCACAUCGUCUGUAUACAUUGACUUAAAAAGAAACCCUUCCGACGUCCUCUGUAUUUUAUCAAAGAGCAUAGGCGUGGCUUACGUAAGGUUACACCCAGGCACACACAGUAUUUGUCAAUCAAGCAUUCAAAUGCGACCCUCGGUGACUGAUUACAUGGACAUUGCUCAUCAGAUCUACAAAUUCAACGACACCGAAUUUACAUCAGUUGUGUAUAUUACAGAUUACAUUUAUGAUUUUGAUCUUAGUAUCUUUCAAAAGAGAUUCAAUGCAACUUUGAAGAUGAUGAUUUUCACAUUAAAUAACGGGAGCUUACCGCACCAAGUGAAAAGAUUCACUACUGAUGGCAAAACAGACUUCUUUAUCAUGUAUGCUUCGAGUGACGCCAUAAACAACACACUUCAGUUUUGUGCAAACAGUACGAAUAAAAGAACCGAUAAUUGGGUGGUGAUUCCAUCUGACCUUGCUGAAUGUCCCAAAAUCACUAAUUUGGAGUGUUCCGUAGUGUGUGUUCGACACGAUUUCGCAAACGAUGAUAGGAACAAAUCAAGAUCACUCGCCGAUGAUUUCCUUAUUCGAUCUCUUGAUUUGUUUGACAAAUUGGCCAGGAGUUUCACGUCGCCCCCAUCAACAAAUGAGUUAUCCCCUCUGAGGCAGUUGGCGUUGCACAUUUACAACUCAACCAAAGAUCUGAAGAUUGAAAGCGAUGUGAUAAAGAUAGAAACAAUCAAGGGGAAUAAAGUAACCAAGAUAGGGAAUUGGACAAAGGACACCGAUGUCGUUUUGUCAACUUUGCCAUUCACAAGCGCACCUGCUUCACAACUGAACGUCAUAACUAUGCAUGAACCGCCCUUCGUAGAAAAGUUUACCAAUAAGAGUGGUACAUUUUUUCGAGGCUAUACGAUUGAUGUUUUGGACAAAAUCGCACAAGAAAUAGGAUUCACGUACGUGAUUCGUGAAGCUCGUGUCAAGCAGUACGGACUAGCCUUACCUGAUGGGUCAUGGACGGGCUUAGUCGGAGAGGUUCAAAAAGGGGCAACAGAUCUUGCAGCAGCCCCUGUGUCUGUGACAGCAGAGAGAGAACAAGUGAUUGAUUUUACCCAUCCUUAUUACGACUAUGCAGGUCUGCAGAUCCUGAUGAGCGGCACCAUUGCUUCUAGUUCCAUGUUUGGAUUCGUGGACGUCUUUGAUGGUCCUGUUUGGCUUGCAUGGUUCGGUUUUUUGGGGCUGACAGGGAUAAUGUUGUACGUGUUUCAUAUCCUUGUCUACCGCGUGUUCUCCAAAGAAAAAGAAAAGGACAAGGACAAAGUGUUCUCCAUCAGUGAUACGCUUUGGUUUCUCAUCUCGUCCAUUACAAUAUACGGACCAGACAAGACCCCGGGUACAUUUGCAGGUCGAGUGUUGGUAAUAGGGUUCUGGUUCUUCUGUCAAAUUAUGAUGGCAACGUACACGGCAAACCUGGCAGCCUUUAUGACAUCUAAGCGGCUGACAACCGAAAUCAACUCUCUUAACGAGUUGGCAUCACAAAAUUCUAUCAAAUACUCGUCUCUUGCCGGGUCCGUCAGCGAGGCUUAUUUUUCACGAAUGAAAGGCAUCGAAGAAAACUUUUUUGAGCUGUGGAAGAACAUGAGUUACGAAAAGAGUGACGGAAGAAACGACCUCUCUGUUUGGGACUAUCCUCUAGAUGACCUUUAUUCCAGAAUGUAUAGUCAUAUAAACGAAACCGGGUUUCUCAAGUCAUCGGAAGAAGGUAUCAACCGUGUUCUUGCGGGGAAAUUUGCAUUUAUUCAAGAAACACCGCUGAUUAAAUACGAAAUGACCAAGUAUUGCAAUUUAAUAACCGUUGGAGAGGUGUUCAGCGCUAAACCCUAUGCUUUUGUUUUACAAGAAAACUCGCCGUGGAAAGAGGCAUUCGAUGCAAAAAUUCUGGAACUUCAAGCAGAUGCUUUCUUCGAACAGCGGAAAGAAGUUUGGUGGUCACAGAUGGUGUCUUGUCCAAAAGAAGACGAUUCUUCCACCGGUCUUCCCUUUAAAAAUCUCAGUGGGGUGUUCAUUCUCACCGGAGCGGGGUUUGCCACGGGGUUUUUAAUGCUUGGAAUUGAAUGUAUUGUUUUCAAAUGGAAAAAGAGAAAGGAGACGAAUGAAAAGCCUAAACAUGUGUUUGUUCGUCCAAAGUUUCCUCCCUUGUCUACCAGAUUAACAUCCUUAAGGUCGUUGUUUAUGAAACCUAAAAGUGCAAGCUCCACUACCCCUACGAAAGACCUGACAGUUUCUGAAAUGGAUUAGGAAAGAGUAUUUUAUUUUGAUUUUUGUGUUUACUAAGGUAAUAACAUGUAUAUAGACAUGUUCAAGUCUCGAUAUUUAAUAAACAGUUCUCUAUUUGAUACUUUUAAUGAUGCCAAACAUAGAUUUAAGAAUGGUAGACAAUAGAAAUGAAACUUUCUGAAACAACGUAAUAUUUGCAAAAAAACACACGCAGAGACUUGAGCAUGUCUAAUAUGCAUACGAAAUUUUAAAAAAGAGGAUCAUUCAUCAGGUUUAUUGAAUUUUACUUAUACGUCUCAAAAUGAUAACAAUUCUUUAGUACAUAAAAGGUUUCUUUGAGAAUAUAAUCAUUCCUUGAUAUCAUCCCAAACUACAUUUUUUGAAUUAUUUGAAUAUAUUGUAUUUUUUUUAUGAAUAUAGUGAAUUCUUACUAACAUUUAUUACUUGAUUAUACAUGUAUGAGCUCAUUUACGAUGACCCUCAUCAAAUCUUAUAUCAUGAUUUAUCUCUUGUGUAUCCAUUAUUACUCCUUUUAUAAAUCAUUUAAUAUUACAUGUUAUAUCACCAUCAAACAUUUCCUUUUUAUCCAUUGUAUGAUUGUAUUAAUAAAUUACUUAUUCACUGUAUUAUUAUUUAUCGAUUGAAUAAUGUCAAAAGGGUCACAUUUUUACAUAACAGAAACAUGAAUAUGUGUAUAUAUACUAAUACAUAUGUGUAUUAAUGUAUAAGACCAUGUAUCAGAAGUAGGGAAAAUGUGAAAUAAAAUCAAAAGACCUCUGGAACCAAUGGCUUUUACUAAAUACAAAUAUUUUCCGACUAAAGUUGAUAAGACAGCGGGUGCAAAAGUGCAGGAUGGCGUCCGUGGUCCUGGGUGUUAGCCCGAUUGAAGGUAGGUCAAUUGUUUAAUUCUGGUAAACGAAGUAACCACCAGACUGAGCCUGCGUGUAAACAAACGGAUAUAAAUAGAAAGUAAUUU